AUGCGCUCCAUCCUCAUCAGCGCAGCCCUCAUCGGGUCUGCUCUCGCCUAUCCAGGAGGCUACUGGGCUGAACGCAGACACUAUGGCACCGGCAUCGGCACCGGCACUCAACCUCAUCCACCGCCACAGACCAGUACCCUCACCACUACCUCCAUGCCUCCUGCUAGCACCACCACUACCACCACCAGCGUAAGUGAAUGGAGCACCGUAACCGAGACGGAGACGAACACAAAGACAGUUUUUGUCCCUUGCUCGACUUCCGUGGGGACACGUGGGUCGUCGACUGUCUACUCAACUUGGCUUACGACUACUACCUCCGUGUGGACUACGACUCAUACUACCACCGUUCCUGUCUACGGCACCACGACGACACCUGUUGGUGGUGUUGGUCCCGUUGGAUCUGAGACGGGGCUCGCGUGUCCCUUGCCGGUUACGACUACUCAUACGGAGACUAAGACUACUACUGCAACUGUGACUGUGACUGUGGCCGUGACGGCGCCUGGUGCUCCAGAGACAACCACCACCAAACCAGCUGUCGCCAUUCCACCACCACCACCUCCUCCACCAGUAGAGUCUACAUCUACAUCUACAUUGACCCACACCAGCACCUCUACUGCCACCGCCACUGCCACUACCACUGCUACAGGAACAGAGACAAGUGUCGAACCAACAUCCACCCACACCACCACUACAACAAAGCCUGCCUCAACCACCACAACUAUCACCACUCACCUCGGCACAGGCACCAUAACCGGCCCUGUAGGAACAGGAACCGGCUCUCCAAGCUGGGUACACAAGCGGAACGAGAUGAAGAAGCCUAUUAUUCACCGAGUACUCUAG